AUGGAGCAAAAUGGAGAGUUGCGGGAGGAGGGAGUGGCUGCGCCAAAAAAAAACACCGCGGGCCGGAGUGGGCGGCCGCAGACGACCAGGAGAAAGUUGAAGCACCGGCCGUGGAAAAAUGCGCUUCUGUCAGACAUAUCGAUGAGCACCUCGGCCGCGCCUGCCUUCUUCCCGCCGCACUACUUCGAGACGAAGGACGAGAAUGGCAGGAGGAAGGCCUUCAACCUGGUGGAUGGUGGGGUCGCUGCGAACAACCCCACUCUGUGCGCGAUGAACCAGGUGUCUCAGGACAUCAUCCUCGGCGACGACUUCUUCCCGGUGAUGCCGGCGGACUACGGAAAGUUCAUGGUGAUCUCCCUCGGUUGUGGGUCGAAUCGGAACCGCAGGUACUGCGCCAAGGCCGCCGCCAAGUGGGGCAUCUUCAGCUGGCUCUUCAAGCUAGGACGGCAACGCUCCCAUCAUCAACAUGUUCAACUCCGCCAGCGCCGACAUGAUCGAUAUCAACCUCUGCGUCCUCUUCAGGGCACUGCGCUCCGGCCAGAACUACCUGCGUAUUCAGGCAUGCAUGCACACGCAGGACAUGAACGGCAUCUCCACAAAUACAACUUCUAG